AAUUUGCCAAUCUGCUUCUAAGUGGCAGUGGCCCUUUUGCUUCCAACAUGGGGCCUUACUACAACAGGGUAAUAAUGGCAGGCAAAAUCAGGGCAAUGACUGUCAACAUGCUUCAAGAUGUCAUGUACCUUGAAAUUAAUGGAAAUGAGUCAUGUUUCAUCUGAAAGAUGUCUGCAGUAGGAAGCCUUGUCAUGAUGUUGCUAUACAAACAGACAGCAAGGAGACAAAGGAGCAGGCCACACAAGCCAGUGACCCCUCCCUCACCCAAGCUGAUGAUACUACACUCACAGUAAAGUGUGAGCUUACAUUGCAAGAUGUGGAGAAUGGAAAGUUUAGG